GUGAAAGAAUGAAGGGUACAUCUGUCCUGUGGCUGCUGUGGUUGAUCUCCCUGCUGUGUGGCUCAACAAACCAAGCUCGUCUGACUGUGAGCCCAAGCAGCUCUCAGUUGUUUGAAGGUGACCGUUUGUCUCUGAGCUGUGAGGCUGAGGACAGCCCUGCUGGAUGGACUGUGAGGAGGAACACGCCCAAACGACAGGGGAGUCGGUGUGGAGAUGGGUGGGGAAAACAAGUCGGUUCUUCUUGUACCAUCACCUACAUCUUCAGAAGGGACAGUGGUGUUUACUGGUGUGAGUGCGGAGAAGGAAUAACCAGUAACACCGUCAACAUCACUGUGACUGGUGGCCCAGUGAUCCUGCAGAGUCCUGUGCUUCCUGUGAUGGAGGGAGACAGCAUCACGCUGUUCUGUAAAUCAAAGUCCACACCUUCAAACCUCCCAGCUGUUUUCUAUAAAGAUGGCUCCAUCAUCAGGACUGAUUCGACAGGUCACAUGACCAUUCCUGAUGUUUCCAUGUCUGAUGAAGGCCUCUACAAAUGUCACAUCAGUCAUCAUGGGGAGUCUCCACCCAGCUGGAUCACUGUCACAGGUAAACCUACAACUACAGCCCCGCCUUCCACAUUAUCCCCACCCUCUACAUCAACCCUGUCUUCUGCCUCAACUUUGCUUUCUGUCUCAACCCCAAUGACCACACCGAUCCAAUCCACUGCCAUGGCGUCUCCUUCUGCCACAGCUCUGCCUACUGAUUCAGCUCCACCAGCUGUGUCCAUUCACCAACCACUUGUCUUGAGAGUGGUCUGCCACCUGGUGGUGUUCUGUCCAUAUGUCAUCACAACUGUCCUAAUGGUGUCUUUAUAUCGACAAAGACCCUCAGCAACAGCGCCACACCCCCACCCUGAGCAGAAACUGACUGAGGACUUUGACGUCAUGGAGGUCACCAUCGAGCAUCAUUUCUAAACUGCACAGAACAGAGAAAUAUUGUUGUCAUGUAAAAGUAAU